AUGGAAAUACCAAACUAUGAUAGUGGUGACAAUCCAGAUAAAAAAUAUAAACAGUUAUUUCCUUACAUGCCAUCAGACACAUUUCGGAUGUUAAUCUGUGGAAACAGUGGAAGUGGUAAAACUAAUCUGUUGUAUCAUAUGAUAAUUAAACCACUACUGUAUUAUGAUGAGAUUUAUCUUUACGCGCGUAAUCUAGAACAGGAUAAGUAUCAAAAGCUAAUUCAAAAAAUGAGGGAGUUGAGUAGUAAACUAGGAUAUGAAAUACUUCAUAUGAGUAAUGAUGAAAUAACCCCAGUGUCAGAAAUGGAUUACGAAGACAAUCAAAAACUUGUGAUAUUCGAUGACUAUGUUUGUGAUAAAAACCAGAGACAACUGAUUGAUUAUUUUAUUCAAGGACGACAUAAGAAUUGUUCGGUGGUGUACCUCAGUCAGUCGUUUUAUAAAACACCAAAAGACAUUCGUCUGAAUUGUUCUCAUUACUGUUUAUAUGAAUUUCCAUCAUCGAGGGAAGCCAACAGAAUAUCAUCUGAGUUGGGAGUUAGUAAAGAAGAUUACCGCGCAGCAACUAAAAAACCGUAUUCAUUUCUAUACGUUGAUAAACCAAGAAAACGUAUUGCAAAAAACUUUACUGGUAAUCUAACCAAUAAUUAAAAUGGGAAUAUUUAACGAACAAUCUUUAGAUCAUCCCUUUGCUAGGGGAAUACAAGGUGCUCCAGGGGUUGGAUUUAAUCUCACUUCAAGUGGGGAUUAUGAUAUGAUAAAUAAAAAACUAAGAAAUGUUGGUGCACCUAGUGCUAAUACUGAUGCUGCUACAAAAAAGUAUGUUGAUGAUAAUUCCAGUGGAUCACCCCCAACAUCACGACUAACAGUUGAUUCAAACAUAAAUAUGAAUGAUAGAUACCGAAUUACAAACCUUAUCACACCACAGGAUUCUAAAGAUCCAGCAACAAAAUAUUACGUAGACAACACAUUUCUUGACAGAGAUGGAUCUUACCCAAUGGAAGGAAAUCUUAAUAUGGACAAUAAUCAAAUAUUAAAUCUGCCAGCUCCAGCAGGUCCUAAACAACCAACACCAUUAGCUUUUACAGAUUUGAAGUAUCUCCACGUUGGUGGAACAAAUAAAAUGACUAAUAAUCUAAACAUGGAUAAUAAGGGUAUAAUUCAUUUGAAACCACCAACAAACCCCACAGACGGCGCAACCAAAAAGUAUGUGGAUGACUCAAUACCUGAUACUAGUUCUUUUAUAAAAAAAGAUGGAAGUGUAUCAAUGACUAGUAACCUAAAUCUUGGAAACAAAAAAAUAGUUGGUCUCGCAACUCCAACAUCAAAUACAGAUGCGGCAACAAAAAAAUAUGUGGAUGAUAAUGCUGGAAGUCCAGAUUUAAGUGAUUACUUGGAAAAAGAUGGUACCGUCGCUAUGACUGGAGACUUAAAUCUUAACAACAAUAAAAUAGUUAACCUCAGUGACCCCACCACAGAUCAACAAGCUGCUAAUCGCGGAUGGGUUUGUAAACAAAUAGAAAGAUUUGAUCAUCAUUCUGGAGAUGGAACAAGUGGUGUAUUUACUAUAACAGAUCCAGCUGCGCCAACGACUUUGUAUCUACAAUAUAUCUCAGGUUCAUCAUUUGAUGAUUUUGUUUUUACAACAGCAGAACCUGGUCAACCUCUUGUAGGGUGGGCACCAACUGCUAACACAUACAUUAACAAAAUAGAAUUUCAAUUUGGUUCGCGAAAUAUAAACGUUGACUUUCUGUGGUUUAUUCCCAGAGAUAACUCUCAUUCCAAUUCUAACUUUUGGGUAAGUGGAAAUCGAACUGGCACUUGGUCAUUAAAUAUUUAUAAGUCUUGGAAUUAUAAUAUGUCAGGAGUAAAACUAAGAACCCAUAACAAUUCAAAUCACACAGCUAUCACUUGUCAGCUAUUCACUGAUCUACCAAAAGCAAUAACCAAACCACUUAAGAGAAUAGAAAUCAACACACCUAAAAUUGUAAUAAGUGGGGUUGUAAAAGCUGAUGUCAACCUUGGUGGUAAUAAAAUAGAGAAUCUGGGUGUACCAACCCAAGACAAUGAAGCAGUAACCAAAGGUUAUGUCGACAAACUAGUUCAUCUUACUGCAGUUCAACCAAGUCAUUAUAAAGAUGAGUUUAGUUAUCUCAUGUCAAGUGGGGCUCAAUGGACUGAUGAAAUAGAUGGAGGAGUUAGUUUUAUUAUAAAUAAGAUAGGAGAGUUAUCUCCUUUUAAAGGCAAUUUUCAUGACUAUAACCACAAAGUAAUUUUCAUGACUAUAAUCAAAAAUUCUCAAGGUAAAUAUAUUUAUAAGGUGGGAAUUAAUUUUUUCAGACUAGCUGCAAAUACUGAUUACACGUUGUGUUUGGAAAUACUCAACACUGAUUAUAAUCUUUGGAAUAAUACUCAAAUAAGUGCUGACAAAGGAACUUCAACAGGAUUAUCAAUUGGAAAUUUAGGUGUAAAAAAACUAUCCCAUAAGUAUACUGUUCCAAAAGGGCAAACACAAACUAUGUACUACCAUAGAAUAAUAGUUAAUUUCCGGAAGUUGUCAUCUGGGAAUAAGUUCUUUCUUCACAUUUUGGUUGAUAUUCUUCGGGGUGGAUAUAACCUGGCUUUGUAUCCGAGACAGUUUUCAGGAGUUUAUAUUAUUGCUUAUGGUAUUGAGGGUAUAUUUAGCAAUAUCGAUCCAGAUAAAGUUUACGACUAUCACACCGCAUUUGAUAUCUACCCAGGAUAUGUGAUGUACAAUGUUCCCCCCAUCAUAAAUAGUAAAAAAUUAGCACAUAUCAGUCUUGGCAGUAUAAGUGAUGAUAACUUUGCAACAAUUAAAUCAGUAAAAGAGUUAAUUCCUUUACUAGAAAAAAAAAAUUUGUAUGAAAAAUACUUUAGUGAAUUCGAUGACUUUGCUGAUGCGGAUAGUUACGGAAUAAAUAUAGGCUCAUCUGGAGUUAUUAUUAAUUCUUUAAAACCUAAUAUUACACUACCACCAAAUAAAGACCUAAGUGAAAUAGCAGAAAAAGGAUUACAUAUUAAUGGUUAUGAUAUUACUUUUUCUCCUUCACAUUCUUCGAAAUCUACUUUAUGUAUUGUUUUUAGUUAUUGGAGAAAUAGGAGUUUUACCCUAACUAAAUAUUUAUCAACAAACAAUAAUAUUUUAGUAAAAUUGGAUUAUAAUAAAUCAAACAAUAAAGUAACUUUAACUGUCAACAAAACAACUCAAAAAUUUACAAUGCUAAGUAGUUUUAAUGGAAAAAUAAUUGUUGUAUGGCUAGCAGAAAAUUUUAGAGCAAAUGUUACAAAAGUUUCAAUAAGUAACUACAGCUCAACAUUAACUAUACCAGCUGUUCAAUACAAUGCAACGUUGGAAGUUUACAACUGAAGAUGGAGUGUUAAUUAGAUUAAUGUACUCUCCAAACUUUUACGACACCGACUCUGAGCAAUUUCACAAAGUAAUGCUUCAAGAAAAGUUAAGUGGAUCUUAUAUAAUGUAGAAUUAUAUAGAUAAAAGAAUAAAUGAAGGAUAUCUUUGAAUUUAAUCACAUAGAUAAAUCUCUGUCAGAAUCAGACGUCACAACUCUCAAAGACUUUUACAAACAUUAUCAUAAGAAAUACUGGUGUUACAAAAAGUGUUAUAAGAGUUACAAAUUUCUUGAUGAUGUAUUUUCUAUCUCUGGAAUUUGCCUGGUUGCAAUAGGAACUAUUACUGGUGGGAUUACACUAAACCCCAUUGUUCUAGGAGUUGUAAAUGGUGCUGGGGUUAUCGUAGCGGGAAUUGGAAAGAAAAAAAAUUAUAAGAGAAAAAUUGAAAUGUCAAGAAUUGCAUUUACUACUUAUGAAAAAGUAUUAGUUGAACUCCGUGCAGCUCUUCGGGGAGAUGAGUGGAACAAACAAGAGUUUGUUGAUCGUAUGAAACUAAUAGAUGAAAUGAUAAUUGAUCAGUCUCCUAUAGCAGAUAGAUUUGCUAGUAGGUAUAAUGAAAAAUUUAAUGUAAAGGUUUAA